CCUUCCUCACGUACACUUGGGAGUCCAUUAAACCAAAGCCUGAACACGUGAAACCAGCUUUAAACCUGGUCCUGUGUGGGAGGAGAGGAGCAGAGAAGACUUCAGCAGCAAAGGCCAUUUUAGGUAUGACAGAUCUUUAUUCAGCCUCCAGCUCAUCAGAGUGUGUUAAAUAUCAGAGAGAGGUGUGUGGACGUCUGCUUUCCCUGGUGGAGCUUCCUGCUCUGUGUGGGAAACCUCUGGAGACAGUGAUGGAGGAAUCAUUCAGGUGUGUCUCCCUCUGUGAUCCUGAAGGUGUCCAUGCCUUCAUCGUGGUCCUACCUGUGGGUCCCCUCACUGAUGAAGACAAGGGAGAGUUAGAGACCAUCAAGAACAGCUUCGGAUCUCAAGUCAAUGCCUUCAUACUGAAUCUGUUCACUGCAGAGUCAGAUGCUCCAGCUGAUGUUGACCUUAUUAAGAAUUCUAAAGAUGUCCAGGAGCUCCUGCAGAGCUGUGGAGGAAGAUCUUUUGUUCUCAAUAUCAAGGACCAGCAGCAGAUCCCAGAGCUGUUUAAUAGUUUAGAGAAAUACAGACCUGGAUUUGACAGAAAACGACUCAGCUACAAAACAGACACAUUUGCAUAUUUUGAGGUGAACCAAGAUUUUAUUUCAAGGAGACAAUCGGUUAGGGAAGAAGGUGAUGACGUGAAGCAGAGCUCAGAGCGUCUCAGGAUUGUGCUGAUCGGGAAGACCGGCUGUGGGAAGAGCUCUUCAGGAAACACCAUUCUAGGAAGAAAGGAGUUUGAAGCUGAAUCAAGUCAAACAUCAGUUACUAAACGCUGUAAGAAAGUAUACAGUGAAGUGAACAGUCGUCCUGUCACUGUGCUCGACACUCCUGGUCUGUUUGACAAUAGCUUGUCCCAUGAAGAGGUUCAUGAAGAGAUGGUGAAAUGCAUUAGUCUUCUGGCUCCAGGUCCACAUGUCUUCCUGUUGGUGUUACAAAUCGGAAGAUUCACACCUGAGGAGAAGGAGACGUUAAAACUGAUCAAGAAGGGCUUUGGGAAGGAUGCUGAGAAGUUCACCAUCAUUCUUUUAACUGGAGGAGAUUCACUUGAAUAUGACAACAUGUCGAUUGAAGAAUACAUCGCUAAGAAGUGUGAUGAUUCCUUCAAGAAACUGAUCUCUGACUGUGAAGGAAGAUACCACGUGUUCAAUAACCGUGAUGGUAAAAACACAACUCAGAUCGGUGAGUUGAUAGCAAAGAUCGACACAAUGGUGAAGGCAAAUGGAGGAAGCUGCUACACCAAUGAGAUGCUGCAAGAAGCUGAAGCUGCUAUUAAGAAAAAAAUGGAGAGACUCUUGCAGGAGAAAGAAGAGGAGAUGAGGAAAGAAAGGAAGGAACUUGAAAGAAAGCAUGAGGAACAAAUGAAAGAAAUGGAAAAAAGAAUGGAAGCAGAGACUGAAAAGCAGAGGAUGAUAGAAGAAAAACUGCUGAUAGAAAGGGAGGAAAAAAUCAACCAAGAAAGAGAAGGAGGAAGAAAAGAACAGAGAAGAAGAGAAGAAGAAGAAAGGAGGAAAAAACAACAGGAGGAAGAAGAAUCGCAGGAAAAAGAAACAAUUGACCAAAAACUGGAGGAAGCUAGAAAAGAAAUGGCAAAACAAAAAGACGACUGGGAGAAACAGCUUGAUCAGUGUUGGAAGGACAGGUUUCAAGAAAAUGAACAGAUAAGAUGUGAGGAGAAAACUAAACUGAAAAACCUCCAAGAAGAAUAUGAAAAGGAAAAAGAAAACAAUGAAAAGAAAAGAAAGGAGGAGGACCAAAUCCGAAAACAACAAGAAGAAAAACAGAAAAAAGCCAUCGAGGAGAAGUUUAAGACAGAGAUGAAGAAUCUGAAGCAAACGCAUGAAGAUGAAGCCAGAAAGAAAGCUGAGGAGCUCAAUGAGUUCAAAGAGAAACACAGAAAGGAAUCAGUGGCCCAGAAGGAAGAGCACAUGAGACAAAUGAAAGACAAAGAUGAACAAUAUGACCUCUUGAUGGCGCUUAAAGCCCACAAGGAAGAAGAAUUUAAGAAGAAACAUCGAGCUGCACUCUAUGAUUCUGUAAAGUUUGUCACCAAGAAGAAACAAAAUAUGCAAAAAGUCAACAACUUACUGAAAAAACAUAAAAAAGAAAUGAAGAAGCAGGAAACUGAGGAGCACAGGGGGACACUGGAAGAAGCUCAUGAAAUAGAAAUAACAGAUCUGUUGGAGGAGCUCAUGGGUGACGUGGAUUCACCAAGGUGUCCGAUUUUUUGAGAAUGAAUUUAGUCACAAUCACAGAGCAGUUCUAGUCAUGUGUCCUUUCUCACUCUUCAUUUGAUUUUA